CCCUUUGCCCUUCCCAGCCACUAGACCCUGGCUGGUGCGAUGGAGGAAGUGAUGGAGCUGCGGACGGACGGGAAUUCCCUGCUAAAGGCGGUGUGGCUAGGCAGACUCCGGCUGGCCAGACUCCUGCUGGAAGGCGGGGCCUACAUUAACGAAAGCAACGAGAAGGGCGAGACCGCGCUCAUGGUGGCCUGCCGCACUAAACACGUGGACCAGCAGAGCACAAGCAAAGCCCGGAUGGUGAGGUACUUGCUGGAUAACAGCGCUGACCCCAACAUCCAGGACAAGUCCGGCAGAACAGCCCUGAUGCACGCCUGCCUCAAAGGAGCCGGGGAAGAGGUCGUUUCUCUGCUGCUGGAGAACGGAGCCGACCCGAGCCUAGAAGAUCACUCCGGAGCAUCUGCUCUGGUUUACGCUGUCAACGCAGAUGACAAGGAUGUGCUAAAACAUCUCCUGAAAGCCUGCAAAGCUAAGGGGAAGGAGGUGAUCAUUAUAACUAUGGACAAAUCCUCGGCGGGUACCAAAGCUACCCAACAAUACCUCCACGUCCCGCCAUCGCCAGAGCUGGAGGAGAGGCAGGGCCCGGGCGUGUGCAUGGCGCCUUCGGAGAGUGAACUCAAAGCGUCCACUUCAGGCUCUUCAGUGGCCGCGAAGGAAGAGCCCUUCUUCCGCUUCCACUCCGCGCACGCCAGCGGCGGCCAGCCGGCCAAGGCCCUUCCCGAGCCCUGGUCUCCCACCAGGAAACUCGGCAAUCCCAGAAGAGCCCGUUUGCCACAGCUGAAGAGGCUGCAGUCAGAACCCUGGGGCUUGAUUGCACCUUCUGUUCUAGCCUCCUCCGCCCAUCCAGCCGAGGCCAAGGUGUGUGCCGGGGAUGACAUCACCCUGGGCAUCAGUGACUUGUCGCUCUCCAGAAAGGUUUCCUUCCCCAGGAACGGCAGCGGUAAGAGCAAAGACCUGUCUCUCUUCCCUUUGGUGGAUGACCAGGCGCUGAAGAUCCCACCAACUUCUGUGCCAGGAUCAAGGAAACCAUCCUAUGAAAAAGUUCAGCCCCUUCCUCAACGCGUAGCCAGGAGGAACGCGGUCCCAGCUGAGCCGGAGAACCCCAGCUCCGCCGGCUCGGGCUCCACACCCUUCAAAGACACCCUGCACCGGAGACGGCUGGGCACGGCGCAUUACGAUUCGGAUUCACAGCUCUACUGCGACUCCAGCUCCGUUCUGGCUGAUUCGGGGAAGGGGCCUUUGGAGAGAAACCAGCGCAACAGUUCCCAUUCGGCUUUGUUCACCAGCUCCCGGGAAUCCCUGGACAGCGCUCCCAGCACGUCUCCUGGGACGGUUCGCCGCAGGCCACCCAAUCUGCUGGAAAGACGGGGAUCUGGGACUCUCCUGCUCGAUCACAUUUCUCAUACAAGACCAGGGCAUUUGCCUCCUUUGAAUGUAAACCCCAACCCGCCAAUUCCCGACAUCGGCUCUAACAGCAAACCGUCUUCCCCGCUCGCUGCGGGCUUCAAACCCAUAGUACCCGCUGCGCCGAGUUCACCGAGAAGGGCUGACUGGCGAGCCAAAAAGAAGCUGCUUCGGAGACACUCCAUGCAGGUUGAGCAGAUGAAACAACUCUCCAAUUUUGAGGAAAUAGUGGCCCAGUAGUUUGUAUUUCAGUGGAUUUUCCAGAAACACGUGCAAAGUCCCUGCUCUCUCGUGCUCCGCACAGUGGGGUCCCUGUGCCUGGCACCCCCUGCUCCAGGAGGGGCAGAGCAGGGUCUGAUUCCCACAGCCUUGCACCUUGGAGGGCUGGGCACCGGGGCCAAGCCAGGAGCAUUUAACACUCCCGUUGCCCAGCUGUGGAGACAACACCAGGUACAACUGGGGAAUCAGCACCAAGGGUUUCUCUGCUACUGCCCCCAGCUCUGGGCUUUGUUCCCAGGAUGAAUCUGGCGAAGUGUUGAUUGUAGAGGAAGGUAGUGUGAGACACACGAGACUUCUCCCCAAGGAACAUGAGCACCAUUCCUUCAAUCUCCAGUUCUUAGUCCUUAAUCUCGUGUCUUUCCUACCCACGCGGAGACAGUCCUGGGAUCGCCAGUGCCUGUGGGGCUGGUGGACGUCUCAAGUGCCUACAGAACCAGAGCGGAGCUCACUGCUGCCAGGAGGAGGAAGAGCCGAGUCCCCCCGACACCGGCCCUGAGCCGGAGAAGGGACACAAUUCUCUCUGCUUCCCAGAAAUUCCAGCACUUGAACAGGCCAGAUAACGGAGCAGAUCCGGUGCAACCAACGGGACUGCCUCGGGGAGGAGUUUGGCGCGGCACCGUCAGGCUGCCAGGCCAUUCCAUUGCUCGGUGGGACGCUCUGCUGUGGGCGCUGCGCUGCCGGGGGGUGGGGGCAGCGUUCCCCAUCUCUAGCUCGUGGGAAGGGCGGGGGCCCAGGCCAGUGCUUAGCAGAGCAGGGCCCAUGUAUGGGGCCGAGGGCGCGUGGUGAAUUCAGCCGCAUGCUCCGCUCGGGGGAGGCGACUGGCUCUGUUCACAUCCGUGAGGCUCAGAGGAUUCCUACCCUGGGGCCAUCUGACCCGCCCCCCCCCCCCCCACCAGCACACAGCCCCCCGCCGCUCUUCACACGAGAGGCUGUGGGGAGCCCCUCGCUGGGGUCCGCGGCCAGCUGCAGGGAGGCGAGUGAGGGGCUGCAGGGUCAGCUCCCGCCUGCCGCAUCCGUGGUGACAUAGGCAGCAAUGUCACCCUCGGCUUCACUGCGGCUGCACCUGGGGCACAAAGGGGCCUCGAGCCAGUUCAACCCAGAACAGGGGGCUCCUCUGGUGACAGCACAGCAGCUCCUGAUCUCCCCCAGCUGAGCCCCAGCUGCCACAACAGUCCCGUGGGGCCACUGGCAGGAGCACAAACUGGAGCAGCCUCCAGGCUGCUCUAACUCAUGCAGCGGGACCAGCCUGUUCAAGGCCAGGCCAGGCCUGGGGGAGUGUAAAGAUGCCUUGAAGCCAACGCCCCCACCCCUCUGAGCUGCACUGUGAAUUCUUCACCUGCAGCCAAGGAUCAGGGUGUUUUACCGACCUAGCUACUCCCAUCCCCUCCCAGAGUGGGGGCUGGAGCUGGUGUCACACUGGUUUGGCAGUUACCUUCCCUGCCCCAGAAGCCAAGUCUGGGAUCUUCCUAGGGGCAGCCCUUGCCCCCCAGCCCAAAAGCUGUGCUAGGAGGGGAGCAGGGACAGACCUGAGCUAGUGCAGAGCGGGGCUGGAGCUGCAGGGGGAGGGGCAGCCAGGGACAGCCCUACGAAAGGAGUGCCCCAGAGAGCUGUCCACGCGGCCUAGUCCUAGCCUUGACCUUGACCGUGGGUACAGAGCUGUGUAUGUGGUAGAGUCCAUGCCCCCGGCUGGGCCCCCAUUCUGCUGCCAGCUCUGCACGGGCAUCCCGUUACAGGAUCGGGGCCGAAAUACAUACUAGACGGCAGCUGCCACGUCAGGACAGCAAGGCCGGGGACAGGUAACCCCAUCUCAGCGCUCUGCAUUCCCCAGCUCCCGGAAGUGUUUCUCCCCAUCUGCUACUGGGGAGGAUAUGGGUGGCGAGUGGAUUGGUUUGGCCUGUAGGUGCCGAAGCUGUUACUAACCUCAGCUAAACCCCACCCAACCAGCCCCUCCGCGGGAGAGGAAACCCAGCCCGAAAUCUCAUUCUAACCCUGGGCUCAAUGGUUUGGAUUGUUCAUCUCCCGUAAACACGUGUCACGAGUGCAGAAUGGCCACAGGCUUAGAUACAGGAACUCCUCACUUCAAGUCCUCCCGGUUAACGUUGUGUCGUUGUUACGUUGCUGAUCAGUUCGGGAACAUGCUCGUUUAAAGUUGCGCAAUGCUCCCUUCUAACAUCGUUUG